AUGGCUUCAAGCCUGCGCCAAGGGCCAUGGGAGCGCCUCAGGGACAGCUUGGCACGCAGUCCGGCCACACACUUGGUCCACAGAAGCAUUGUAGAUGACACGAAGGAUAAAGUCACCGACAUCCAGACAGCGUUAUCCAGCUGGGACAAUUGCAUGGCGGCCGACUUUUGCAAAUGGCCCGCCAUUGCCAUCAUUGUGGUUGGAGGCCUCAUCAUUCUCGCCAUUGUCACCUGCAUCGUCCGUUGUGCGUGUUGCGCAAAGUCGUGCUGCUGCAGCUGCUUCGCUUGCUUCAAGUGCUGUGGCAAUUGCUGCGGAUGCUGUGAUGCGCCAGAAGACCGGAAGCACAAGUAUCUGGAUGAACCAUACGUCCCUCCUCAGCAAGGCUACCGGACCGAAGCUCCCAUGCACGCCUUCCCGCCCGCUACGGUUGGCGUCACGCCCCCACAAUAUGCCGAGUUCGAGACCAAGAAGCAAGGCGAAGAUGCACUGCCGCAGAUGCCCAGCUGGGAGGGCGCCAACUCCAAGAAGGUCGAGCUGGAAGAAGAGGAGCAUGAGAUGAACGACCUCAAAAAGCCUCCCAUGGAGCCCAAGAGCCCACUCGCUGGCGUCGGUGUGUCUCCGGUCCCUGGCCCCGGCCCCGGCCCUGGCCCCGGUCCCGGCCGCAACAGCCCAAUGUCUAGGGAGAACUUCAAUGCGCCAUAUGGACAGGGUCAGCCUCAGUUGCCAAACAUGAUGCCUGCGCCAUCGCAAACACUACACAAAGAUUCAUACGCCCCCACCAAUCCCUACGACUCCCAGGACAAUGGCUUUGGGCUCGACCAGCCUUACGAUCUUCCCCCAGCGGGCAUGGCGCCUAUGCCGAAUGGCAGGAACUCACCUGGACCCGGACGUCAUGGGUAUGGCCCCGGACCUGGCCACGAUCCCAGGGGCGCCCCCAGUGAGAUGGGCUCUGGGUAUGCCGACAUGCCUCCAGGGCCAGGCGAAUUCGAUGACCGGGGUGCCUUUCAAAACGGCCCUGCCCCUGGACCCAUGGGCGCUGCUGCUGCUGGUUACGGCAUGCGUCACGGUCCUGGUGCCGACCCUUAUGGAACAGCCCCGCGAAUUGGUAGCCCUGGCCCAGCCCCGAGAAUGGGUAGCCCCGGGCCAGGACGGGGACCAGGCAGUCCUGGCGCUGGGUACCGAGGACUCCCUGGUACCAACCGGGCUGGGAACAACAGCCCCGCGCCGUACGGCAUGGAUCCCCGUAUGAGGAACUCGCCUGGGCCCGGACCCCGGGCAUCACCAAGACCUCAUGCUGAUCCGUACGCUCGGCCCCCGAGGCAAUCACCUGGACCCGUCAACACCAACUACGGGUCUUCUGCCCAAAGUCCUCGGCGAGAGAACUUUGACCGCGCCUAUUCGCCCGGGCCUGACCGUCAAUAUGCCCAGUCACCGCGCAUCAUGCAUGCGCCCUCGCCGUUGACUGCGUACGAGGAGCCUCCCUCCUCACCCAUUGUGAACAACUCCGGGUUUGACUUCAACUCUGGAUUCUCUCGACCCCAGACUUCGGAUGGCAACAACCCCUAUGAGCAACGCUUCAACGAGCCAGCCGAGCCAAAGCAGGAGUACCCAGGCUACAAGCCCUACCGCCCGUCGUGA